AUGCCGUUUGCCCUUCCUUUCAGGACGAAUCCGCUGGAGACAGGCUUUGAGGGGCCAGUGCUGUUCGUUCGCUUUUAUGAUACACCCGAUUCAGGCAUGGACCGGCGGACGCCCCUGCCCAGCGAUGAGUGGGAGCGCCUGCGCGCUGCAGCGGACGCAUGCGUGGACAUUCCAGUCCUCAUGAGCUCCUUGCCUGCCGCCAUCAAGAGCGCCGUGGCACAAUCCAGGCAGUAG